CGGGCAGCAGUCCCUGUCCACAGCGCAGCGUCCGCUCGCCCUCCGCUCCCUCGGAUUUGUUGAUCAUACCGCCCCCGGACUCGGAGCUUUCAGGCAGCAGCUGUUCGGAUAAGACAUUUUAAGACUUCAGAGUAAGAGGCCGUCUAGCAGAGGCUAUAGGCACUGAUCUAAGGAGACCAGCAUGUCGGGAUCAAUGCCGUUCUACCAGAAGCACCACCGUCACUAUGACCGUAACUAUCGUAGCCGGGAGACAGAGUCUGCGGUCAGCCAGUACCAGCAGACGUCCAGCAGAUACUCCGCCCGCAGCAGCAGCUCCACCCAGGGCAUCAGAGCCGCCACCUUCACUUCUUUGGAUGAGGGGAGGCUGAGUCCUAUGCCAAAGAGGUCCGAGCCCACCUACCUGGCCAUGGAUAAAGAAAACCAGAUUAUAGGCUAUGUGGUGCCCAUCUUCAGGGGCAGUAAGGAGUUUGCGAGUGGCCUGUCAGACACCGAAGACAUGCGGGCUAAAGAGACCGCCGGCUAUCUGGCCCGCAGAGACCUCUUUACUAGCGGGGUGGAGAUGGAGCGCAUGGAGCAAAAAUCUCGCAGAACCGUCAUGAGGGAGUCAGCAGAACGCAUUUCCCUUACCAAGAGGAUCCAUGAAAACGAAGAGUACCACAAGCGUCUGAACGAAGAUAGCCUGAUGCAUCCCCCGGAGUUUGUGAUCAAGCCCCGCUCACACACUGUGUGGGAGAAACAGAGUGUGAGGCUGCACUGCACCGUCUCAGGAUGGCCCGAGCCUCGAGUGGUGUGGUACAAGAACAAUGUUAGCAUUGACCCCAUGUCAAACCCAGGGAAGUACAAGGUUGAGAGCAGCUACAGCGUCCACUCUCUGGAGAUCAACAGAUGUGACUUUGAUGACACGGCCCAGUAUCGUGUGUCAGCAAUGAACAGCAAAGGGGAACUUUCUGCUAUUGCUUCUGUCGUUGUCAAAAGAUUCAAAGGUGAAGUGGAAGAGUCUCUGCCAGCUCCCAGACCCCAAUGGAACAGGACUGUCUUUAAAGACCCCUGCCUUGAGUAUGGCAUUACUUUCGAGACACACAUUGUGGAGAAGUUUGGAGUGUCAUUUGGGAAUGAGGGAGAGACUCUGAGCCUGGGCUGCUCUGUUAUCAUCUACCCUUCACUGCAGCGCUUCCAGCCUGAGAUUGAGUGGUACAGAGAUGACAAGUUGCUGGUGCCAUCUAAGUGGGUUCAGGUGCACUGGAGUGGAGACAGAGCCACGCUCACACUCACACACCUCAACAAAGAGGACGAGGGUCUUUACACACUUCGCGUCAUCACCAAGUCUGGCUAUGAGACACACUCUGCCUAUGUCUUCGUCAGAGAUUCUGAUGCGGAGGUUGCAGGAGCUCCUGGUGCACCUCUUGAUGUGUACUGUCAGGAAGCCAAUAAAGACUAUGUCAUCGUUACUUGGAAACAGCCUGCUGUGGAUGGAGGGAACUCCAUUCUCGGCUACUUUGUGGACAGGUGUGAAGUUGGUACCACUCACUGGUCUCAGUGCAAUGACACUCCAGUGAAGUUCGCCCGGUUCCCUGUCACUGGUCUGGUAGAGGGCCGCAGCUAUGUUUUCCGUGUGCGCGCUGUAAAUAAAUGUGGCAUGAGUCAUCCUUCUCGUGUGUCCGAACCCGCGGUUGCCAUGGACCCUGCUGACCGUGCUCGUAAAGGAGCCUCUGCCCCAUGGACUGGUCAGAUCAUUGUGACCGAAGAGGAGCCUGUCGAGGGUGUGGUUCCUGGCAAACCACGUGACUUGAUGGUUACUGAGUCAACCAAGACCUAUGUGGUGCUGAGCUGGAAGCCUCCAGGCGAGAAGGGACAUGAGGGGGUCAUGUACUAUGUUGAGAAGUGUGUGUCUGGCACAGACAGCUGGCAGCGUGUGAACACCGAGAUUCCGGUGAAGUCUCCACGCUUUGCACUCUUUGACUUGGCUGAGGGGAAGUCCUACUGUUUCCGUGUCCGAUGCUGCAACUCUGCUGGUGUGGGUGAACCCUCAGAUCCCACUGAGGCCACUGUAGUGGGAGACAAACUGGACAUCCCGUCAGCUCCAGGUCGUGUGAUACCCACCCGUAACACAGACACUUCUGUAGUGGUGGCGUGGGAGGCGUCACGUGAUGCUAAGGAUCUGGUGGGCUACUACAUUGAGAACAGUGUUGCCGGUAGCAAUGUUUGGGAGCCCUGCAACAACAAACCUGUCAAGGCCACCAGGUUUAUAUGUCAUGGCUUGACGACAGGUGAGAAGUAUGUUUUCCGUGUAAGAGCAGUUAACGCUGCUGGAAUCAGUGAGUUCUCACAGGAGUCUGAAGCCAUUGAAGUUAAAGCUGCAAUUGGGGGCGGUAUUCCUCAUGCCUCUCCUGCUCCACCUUUUGGCAUCACUGUGCUGGAAAGCGUGCGGGACUCCAUGGUGCUUGGCUGGAAGCAGCCUACUUUCAUUGGUGGUGCCGACAUCGUUGGGUACUUUGUGGAUUACCGGGAGGUUAUCGAUGGAGUGCCUGGAAAAUGGCAUGAGGCUAACAUCAAGGCAGUCAGUGACCGAGCAUACAGGGUGUCAGAGCUAAAAGAGAAUAGGCUGUAUCAGUUCCAGGUCCGUGCUGCAAACAUGGCUGGGGUGGGCAUCCCGUCUUUGCCCAGUGCUACAUUUAAAUGUGAAGAGUGGACCAUUGCUGUGCCAGGACCCCCACAUGACCUCCAGGUGCUGGAGGUGCGUAAGGACUCUCUAGUGUUGCUCUGGAAAGCACCAGUGUACCAGGGGCGUGAUGCGGUCAAUGGCUAUUAUGUUGACAUCAAAGAGGCUGAUGCAGACUUCGAGACUUGGAGAGGGGUCAAUGAGAAAGCCACAAGCAAGAAAUACAUGAAGAUUAGGGAUCUGAAAGAUGGCGUUUCGUAUGUUUUCCGUGUCCGUGCUCAGAACAAAGCCGGGGUGGGCAAAGCUUCUGAACCAACAGAGCCUGUGCUGGCUGAGACCAAACCAGGCACCAAGGAGCUGGUUGUAGAAGUUGAUGAUGAUGGCGUGAUUUCACUGAACUUUGAAUGUGAAAACCUCAACGCUGAGUCUAAGUUUGUCUGGUCCAAAAACUAUGAGGAAAUUACAGACUCUGCACGCCUUACCAUGGAGACCAAGGGCAACAAGUCCAAAGCCACGUUUAAUGCUCCUUCUGAGGAUGACCUGGGCAUCUACUCCUGCAUCAUCACACAUACUGAUGGUGCCUCUGCUAGCUACAACCUGACUGAGGAGGGCCUGAAAGAGCUGUUGAAGGUCAGCCAUGACCACAAAUUCCCUAUUAUUCCACUUAAGUCUGAGCUGGCUGUUGAGCUGCUGGAGAAGGGUAGGGUUCGUUUUUGGCUGCAAGCUGAGAAGAUAUCUGCCAGUGGGAAAGUCGAAUAUGUCUUUAAUGACAACAUUAUCAACCAAGGAGAGAAAUAUAAGAUGAACUUCGAUAAGAAUACCGGCAUCAUUGAGAUGUUCAUGGACUCGCUGCAGAAAGAGGAUGAAGGAACGUUUACUUUCCAGCUCCAGGAUGGCAAAGCCACCAACCAGUCCAGCCUGGUGCUAAUAGGAGAUGUUUUCAAGCAGCUGCAGAAGGAAUCUGAGUUCCAGAGGAAGGAAUGGCACAGGAAACAAGGUCCUCACUUUGUGGAGUAUCUCAAUUAUGAAGUCACUUCUGAGUGCAUUGUGAGACUGAAGUGCAAGGUUGGCAACAUAAGGAAGGAAACAGUGGCACUGUGGUAUAAGGAUGGAAGAGAGAUUAAAGCCAAUGAGAAACUGGACUUCUCUGAGGGAGUGCUGUCCCUGGAGAUCGCCCAGCGAAGCGACAGCGACGUGAAAGAUGACACAGUCUGGAAGAAGCUCAAAAUCUCUAAGAAGGAUGCAGGUGUGUAUGAGGUGAUCGUGAAGGAUGACAGAGGAACAGAUAAAUCCACUCUCAACCUGACUGACCAAGGAUUUAAGGAUCUGAUGAACCAAGUCUUCAGUGUUAUUGCUAACUCCUCCACUCCUCUGAAGAUCCAGAGCUCAGAACAGGGCAUCCGCCUCUACACCUUCGUCAACUAUUACAAUGAUGAACUGCACGUCACCUGGCAUCACAAGGAGGCUGCUAUUGCGUUUACUGAUCGCAUUACCAGUGGUGUGGUGGGAGAGCAGCUGUGGUUGCAGAUUUCUGAACCCACUGAGAAAGACAAGGGCAAAUACGCCAUUGAGUUCUUCGACGGGAAAGGAGGACUGAAGAGAACAGUGGAGCUGUCUGGACAAGCAUAUGAUGAUGCGUUUGCAGAAUUCCAAAGACUCAAAGCUGCAGCCAUUGCAGAAAGAAACCGUGCUCGUGUGGCAGGAGGUCUGCCUGAUGUGGUUACCAUCCAGGAGGGCAAGGCUCUGAAUCUCACAUGUAAUAUCUCGGGUGACCCGGUGCCAGAAGUGACCUGGCUGAAGAACGAGAGAGAGAUGGUGUCGGACGAUCAUUACAUCCUAAAGUUUGAGUCUGGAAAGUUUGCCAGCUUCACCAUCACCACCGUCAACACCAACGACUCAGGCAAAUACAGCAUCCUGGUCAAAAACAAGUACGGCACGGAGAGCGGAGACUUCACCUUGGAGGUGACGGAGAACAUGGGUGAUCUGGGUGUGGUUUCAUACCUUGCUGAUGCAGAUGGCAAUGUGGUGAUUGGACCCUCAUCAUCUCUUCCCACUGCUCUUUUAUCUAAACCCUCAACCCCUGUCAAACCUAAACAUCCAGCCUCAGCCACCUCCACUCCACCUCUCUCUCCCACCUCACCGAGCUUCACUCCCGAAGAAAAAGCCAAGAAGAAGGAAAAGAAGAAAGUGACGAGGAGGAAAGACUCUGUCAUUUUGAAACUGCCUGCUGGAGAGGUGGAAUCAGUUGAGGCCAUGCCCCCAACAACACCUGUUGUUACACCUGGACCUGAGACCACAGCCAUGGAUACAGCUCUGCCUGAGACAGAGGAGGCAGUCCCAGAGGCAUCGACGGAGGAGCUGACACCUGUGGAAGUGUGAAAGUGAGCAGGAGGGAGAGAGACAGGCAGACAGACAAACAGACAGAUACAUGCACAAUCUAGAAUUAAAAACAGAUUUUCACAAUUAGUAAAAAGGCUCAGUCGGCUUCAGAGGAGAACUGUAAAAUGAUUGCUGAUUUGCAUGUCAUGGUAACUAUAGAUGGAGUGUUGAUGGAGACAUGAGCCAUCACGUGUGUUUGAUUGUGGUAAAUUAUUAUUCAUAUAUACAAUCUUUGUUUUCAGGUCUUGUUUUCAGGAGUAGUGUUUUGAGGCUCCCAUGUUGUCACUCUUCAGAAAAAAUAGCAAGAGGAGAAAAACUUGUAAUUGGCCACAUUAACCCUUUCUUACAAUUGGACCCACCUGUAUAUGUAGGUCAAGGGUCAGUAAGCUUACCAAACAAAUUUUGUGUUCCAAUAAUUAGUGCUAAAGGUAUUCAAAUCAAUAGAAAAGGGUGCCCACAUUUAUGCACCUGCCUAAUUUUGUUUAAAGAAUUAUUGCACACUUUCUGUAAAUCCUAUAAACGUUAUUUCACUUCUAAAAUAAAAUACAACUUUAACUGAAAUUGCUCUUCCAAACAUCCAAUGAUUUAAUAAGGAAAAUCAUGAAAAGUAUCAGGGGUGCCCAAACUUUUUCAUACCACUGUAUUUUACAAUCUUGCAGAAUGCAGCCUCACUUUACCAGAAGAUUUAUAAAUGCAUGAUUAUAAUGAAUCUUUUUUUCCCUCCUGUCUUCAUUUUCCAUGAUUCCAUAAAUAAAAUGGUGAAUUUGGA